GUCCACUGCCGCUGUCGUCUGUUCUGACCCCCAGCCCGUGUCUCUGCGUCCAUCCAUGGCUGGCCGGCUCGGAUCGCUGCUCCUGCUGGUGCUCCAGACGUUCGCCGCGCCUCCGGAGUUCGUGCCGGCGUCCGACCUGGACCCGGCCGACCCCCUGUGGUCCAACGGGACGGCGGGCGCGGCGGGCCCCUCCAUGGCGCCGCCGCCGGGCACCAGCCAGCGGAUGCCGCACAGCAUCAUCAUCGGCGUGCGCAAGGGCGGCACACGGGCGCUGCUGGAGAUGCUGGACAUCCACCCGUCGGUGGCCGCCGCCGCCACAGAGGUGCACUUCUUCGACUGGGACGAGAACUACGCGCGCGGCUUCGACUGGUACCGCGGCCUCAUGCCCUACUCGUACCCGCGCCAGAUCACCGUGGAGAAGACGCCGGGCUACUUCACCUCGCCGCUCGCCCCCGAGCGCAUCCGCGCCAUGAACGCCUCCAUCAAGCUCCUCCUCAUCCUCCGCGACCCGGCCGAGCGCGUGGUCUCCGACUACACGCAGGUCUACUUCAACCGCCUCGAAGCCCGCAAGCCCGUGCGGCCCAUCGAGGACCUGCUGGUGCGCGGCGGCGCCCUCAACACGCGCUACAAGGCCAUCCAGCGCAGCCUCUACCACCUGCACAUGCGCAACUGGCUGCGCCACUUCCCGCUGGCGCAGAUCCACCUGGUGGACGGCGACACGCUGGUGCGCGACCCGCUGCCCGAGCUGCGGCGCGUGGAGCGCUUCCUGGAGCUGCCGCCGCGCAUCGCCGCCUCCAACUUCUACUUCAACCAGACCAAGGGCUUCUACUGCAUCCGCAGCGACGGCCGCGAGCGCUGCCUGCACGAGUCCAAGGGCCGGCCGCACCCGCCCGUCAACGGCACCGUGCUGCGCCAGCUGCGCGCCUACUUCCGCCCGCACAACCGCAGCUUCUACAAGCUGGUGGGCCGCACCUUCCACUGGCUCUGAGAGCAGCUGGCCGCGGCUGGCGGUGGUGGUGACGUAGGUGGUGGUGGUGGUGGUGGUGCUGCUGCUCGGCACAAGUUUUUGGACUCCCGAGGGGCCUCGACGUACUCACCCCCCGAUAUUUCCCCCGAUCUGCUCCUGAUCUCCCGCCUCUUUGCCAAACCCCAGCUUAGCCAAUCACAAGAGCUAAAAGGGGCGGAUUGACAUACGGCUGGAUCAACAGGAGCCGGGGGAACUUAAAGCACUUUACGAGCCAAGCCCACUACAACAGACAUGCCUCUAAAAUGCCUUUGAACGCAGAACAGUUAUUGCAUUAAAAAGAAAAACACUUAAAGAACUUUGCAGUUAAAACUGUAAAAAAAAAAAGAAAUAUCCUGUAGGAUAAAUCCCUGGUUUGGAGUCAAAUCCUCUGUACUGUAAAGUGAAGUAAUGCCUACUCCAGGCAACCAUUUUCUUUCUGUGCGAUUCAUGACCUUUUUUUCUUAUUACUUUAUUUGUUUUCCUCCGUUUGAUAUACUUGUACUUGAUAAUAAAUGGUUCAGCUUUAAAAUGGGAAAUAA